AUAUUAUUAGAAAAAGAAAUCGACUUUUGUUGACGGAUGUUGAGUCUAUGUAGUAGUCAAGGCUAGGAUUUUGUUUGUUUGUUUUUCAUUUUACAAUCAGAUUUAUUGAUAUGUUUACGGACGAAGCACAAGUGUCAGUGAGUAUCCAGUCAUCCUGGAGAAAAUCUCAGCAGUCGUCGCAGGAGUCGAGAGGCUGCCAGACCAGAGCCAUUCACAGUACUGAAACAGGAGUACAGACUCGUUCCAGCGUCGCCAGCAGUACUCAAACAGAACUCCAAGAUCAUGUAACGACACAGUUCCUCCAAGACCCCCACAAUAUGCUCCAUUUGCCCGGCUUGAACGACUUCCUACGUCAAAUUGAGGCCCCGGUUAUCCGUGAGUUGGUCAGAAAUGCCAAGAGUCAUGCUUUUGAUGGCUUUCAGGUGAACUGGGAAGAACACAAUCAAAUGGUUGUGUGCCUUCACCAACUUCAACAUCCCAGGGCCCUAGAGCAAGAUCUUCAUGUCACGAGCGUGUCCUGGAGUUGUACUGGUGCAGUCAUAGCCUGUGCUUAUGGCCGGAUGGCAGAAGGCGAUUGGAGCAAUGAUAAGUCAUAUAUUUGCACAUGGAACAUAGAUCAUGGAGGUCUGAACCCCAAACAAGCUGAUUUGGUCAUCGAUGUUCCGACUCCAGUGACAGCUCUGUGUUGUCACCCCAAGCACCCCGCUCUCAUGACAGGUGGUUUAUACAGUGGGGAAGUGAUCAUCUGGGACACCAGUCAGUCAACAGAUCCAGUAGUGGCCCAAACUGGCAUGUCUGCAGAUAGCCACAGAGAGCCCGUUUGUCAGGUUACCUGGGUGCCCCUGCAGAAUAAAGGAGAUUUUGGUGUUCUGAGUGCAUGCUCUGGAGGGAGGAUUCUGCUAUGGACAGUGAGCGCGGAGCAAGGAAAAUGUGUCCUGAAAGUGGCCUUUGCCCUCGUGCAACAGCAAGUUCUUUCCAAGAGCACCAGCUUCAAGGGUCAAGGCACCAGCCCUGUGGGUGUCACCUCCUUGGAUCUGUCUCCAUGGGACCCAGACACAUUUUUAGUAGGCUCCGAGGGUGGCCUACUACUGAGAUGCUCCCUCUCCUCACAGACACCAGCAGCGGUCCCGUCUGAAUGUCUCAGCGUGCCACUGAGAGCCCCAGCCGUCUUCUCUUUUCGGCCUGGCAGCGGCCCUGUCCACUCCAUACACUGCUCACCUUUUCACAGGAACCUGUUUUUGAGUGCAGGAACUGAUGGUCUGGCUCACCUCCAUUCUCUGCUGCAGACCAACCCACUGCGCUCAAUACGAGUGUCAGACACUUAUGUUUUUAAAGUGCAGUGGUCUCCAACCAGGCCGCUGCUUUUUGCUGCAGCCACUGGACAAGGUGAGGUGCAAAUAUUCGAUCUGAGUCGCAGGUCCCUGAGACCAGCAGCCACGAUUGACCCAGGAGGCGUUGGCCACGCCGCAACCUGUUUGGCCUUCAACUGUCAAAACCCCGGCCUCCUUGCAGUGGGAAAAACCGAUGGAACAGUUGGUGUUUGGAAGCUCAGCACUGAUUUAACGGAACAGAUCCCCACAGAGAGCCAUCUCCUGGAGCAAAUAGCCAAUCAAGUAGCAGAAUGACACUGUGGGAUGGAUGGAGACGACUGCAAUUGUAGUGACGGUUGCUGUUUCGGCCAUCUGUCAUAUGGAACCGGAGUUAUGUUUCAAAAGGCAAGUCAAAAGCUAAUGGAAUGAAUAUUGUUUGAUGGUGUUUUACACAAGUAUAGACUUAUCACAGUCAUCGGAGCUGGA